AUGCCAUGGGCCGGGGCGCAGGGUAGGACUCUGGGCUGUCCAGCGGCACUGCACGGAAGCUGGGUGGGCAGCGCGCUCUCUCUCCUGGCCCGGCUGUUCGAGCAUCCGCUGUACCGGGUCGCCGUGCCCCCGCUGACCGAGGACGACGUCCUCUUCAACGUGAACAGCGACAUCAGGUUCAACCCCAAGGCGGCGGCGGAGAACCCCAACUGGCCGCACGACGGCCCCGACGGCCCCGAGGGCGAGGACUUCGCACCCACGGGGGAGGCGGCCGUGGACAGCUACCCCAACUGGCUCAAGUUCCACAUCGGCAUCAACCGGUACGAGCUGUACUCCCGGGACAGCCCUGCGGUCGAUGCCCUGCUGCAGGACCUGGGCGCCCAGAAGAUAACCAGUGUGGCCAUGAAGUCGGGGGGCACUCAGCUCAAGCUCAUCAUGACGUUCCAGAACUACGGGCAGGCCCUGUUCAAGCCUAUGAAGCAAACGAGAGAGCAGGAGACACCCCCUGACUUUUUUUAUUUCUCUGACUACGAGAGGCACAAUGCGGAGAUCGCUGCCUUCCACCUGGACAGGAUCCUGGACUUCCGCCGCGUCCCUCCCGUGGCCGGCAGGAUGAUCAACAUGACCAGGGAGAUCCGGGACGUCACGCGGGACAAGAAGCUGUGGAGAACCUUCUUCAUCUCCCCAGCCAACAACGUCUGCUUCUACGGGGAGUGCUCCUACUACUGCUCCACGGAGCACGCCCUGUGCGGGAAGCCGGACCAGAUCGAGGGCUCGCUGGCGGCCUUCCUGCCGGACCUGUCCCUGGCCAAGAGGAAGACGUGGCGGAACCCGUGGCGACGCUCGUACCACAAGCGCAAGAAGGCGGAGUGGGAAGUGGACCCCAACUACUGCAACGAGGUGAAGCAGACACCCCCCUACGACCGCAGCCGCCGCAUCCUGGACAUCAUGGACAUGACCAUUUUCGACUUCCUCAUGGGGAACAUGGACCGCCAUCACUACGAGACGUUUGAGAAGUUUGGGAACGACACCUUCAUUAUCCACCUGGACAACGGGAGAGGGUUUGGAAAAUAUUCCCAUGACGAGCUUUCCAUUCUGGUGCCUUUACAACAAUGCUGCAGGAUCCGGAAGUCCACCUACCUGCGGCUGCAGCUGCUGGCCAAGGAGGAGUACAAGCUGAGCCUGCUGAUGGCCGAGUCCCUGCGGCAGGACCGGGUGGCGCCGGUGCUGUUCCAGCCGCACCUGCAGGCCCUGGACCGCCGGCUGCCUCUGGUGCUCCUUUAAUUGUUGCAGAAGAGA